CACGGCGCAGUUCCAGUGGGGAUCUCAUCUCUGAUUGGACGGUUUUUGCCUGAAUAAUUUAUAGACCCGGAAGUGGGGCGGUACUGCUGUUUUGCUGUCGAGUCACCUCUGUCAGGAUGGAAGAAAACGAGCAGCUAUCAUGCUGAUUAACGAAGGAUGCCGACUGCCGACCACCAUAAACCUGGCAUAGUUCGAGUACAUUCGACGUACAGCUUAAAUCCCUGCAUCGUUUUCUGCGACGCUUUGGCAAUAUGAUGGAAGAAAUCGACAGGUUCCAAGUGCCUCCAGUUAACGGAGAGACACAGCCUCUGGACCCCGCAGCAUCUUCCACCUCAGAGGCAGAGCCUGACACUAAGGGAGAAAGUGUGGCCAUGAACUACAAGCCCUCGCCGCUGCAGGUCCAAAUAGAGAAACAGAGGGACCUUGCCAGGAAGGGAUCGGUGAAGAAUGGCACCGUGGGAAGUCCUGUCAAUCAACAACCCAAGAAGAAUGCCAGGACAAGGCUGGUGGUGCCAAACAAAGGCUACUCCUCCUUAGACCAGAGCCCAGAUGAGAAGCCUCUGGUAGCGCUGGACACAGACAGUGACGAUGACUUUGACAUGUCCAGAUACUCCUCAUCAGGAUAUUCCUCAGCCGAGGUGAGAUGUCUGAGGGACCAGCAGAUCAACCAGGACCUGAACAUCCAGCUCCUGAAGGACGGUUACCGACUUGAUGAGAUUCCUGAUGAUGAGGAUCUGGAUCUGAUCCCUCCUAAAGCAGUCAACCCCACUUGUAUGUGCUGCCAGGCUGCUCCCUCCACAGCCUGUCAAAUCCAGUAGCACUAACCCCACCUACACAGUCUCCUCCAUGCCACCUGUACUGAGGCCAACAACUGACCAGAGUGGCAACAGAGGAAGACAAAUUAAAGGCUGGCAAAGGCACAAAGGGAAAAAAACAACAACCAAGGGUUUAUAAAUGCGAAAAUUGAAUAUGUACAGUAUCUGUGCAUGUUCCUCCUAUGGUAGGAUCUGUGCAUCUUACUUCUGCAUUGUUGGUUCAAAAGGGACUCGACUGAUGGCAGAAACAUUACCUCUAAGAGAAACACACGACUUUGUUUGAACUUCCAUCUCAUGCUUGUGGAUUUUCUGGCUUAAACAGACCGCGAUGGUGCAACGCUGGUGAAGAAAAAAAACUGUAAAAUGACAGGAGCUCAACCAAAUACGUGUGAUGGUGACAGGUUGUUAUUACCGCGUCAUCCGCCCAUCCAAGCAGAUGACUUCUUCUACUGAUGUACACAAAGGACAAGAAGAGAUCGGAAGCUUUGUAGUGGCCAUUGUUUUUCUUUUUCUUUUCUUUCAGCCAGUCUGCUUUGUCUUCCUGUGUAUAUAUGUGUCAAACAUGAUGUGUGCGAUUAAGCCCAAGAACACCGUGCUAAAUCAUCCAGCUGCCGAUAAAACACUAAUGCUAUAAUAAAGUAGUAAUCCAGAUUCCUUUCUUUUUAUUUCUUUUUUCUUUUACAUGUUUAUCUUUAACACAAAGAUUGUACUGGGCCGUUGUUUUAUAUUUAGUUAAAAAAAAAAAAGAAGCAGAAAAAUGCAUGUUGCCUGUUAACACUGUGCCCAGAUGACCAGCCUGUGCAGAUAAUUUAUCCGUUUUUAUUGAGCCCUUAGCACAUCCUUGUGCUGAGGAGACAUUAAUGUGCUUUCAGAAACAUAGUUAAUCUCAUUUAGGUUCACAUACUGUAAUAUCAGUAAAUCUAGUGAAACCAUAUAGUGUCAGCUCAGCGAGUAAAUGUGUACUUAAAGUGUGUUUGUCUGCAUUAGCCUCCCUAGGUGACGGUUCACAUAAACUUAGGAAAGUAGUAGAAAGAAAAGGGUUUGGAAAUGGGAAAUACAUUGGUAGGGAUGUAGUGUUGGUCACACAUACAGGGUUCUGAAGCAUGUUGAAGUGAUUUCAUAAUGCUUGGAUGCUGAUUUUCUUUUUUUAAUCUUAUAUUUUCCCUCUAUUUUCCCGUCAUUCUUCUUCUUUUUUUAGAUAGGAACAUUAACAUGCCAUCCCUUUUCAUUUUUACGUUUUUUUUGUAAAGUAUGAAACGAGUGCAUAUUACUUGAGUAACAAUAGAAUUGAUGUGGGGACAGGCUCUGUAUGUGUAGCAUAUGUUGACAGUGCUUUAUGCCAUUCACUAUUUUCAGGUUCUAUAGAAACUGUUUAUUUGUGGGGCGAUCGUGGCUCAAAGAGUUGGCAGUUCGUC